CUGGUAAUGUGAUAAACACAUCGCGUCACAGGCAAACUGUUAAAAACAGACAGUUUGUGUAAGCAGCUUAUGGAAUGGUGCAGAAGCAGUAAAUUCUCCGUCUGUGGACCGGCACAGGAGCAUCCAGAGAUCCCGAAAUGAUGGGACAGGAGCCUGGGAAGAGCCCAUCCACAGCACACCCUGCAGCAGGUCAGAGGUUAAAAACCGCACAAAAAGAGAACCUGCAGCAGCAGGGCUUCCCAAGGAAGGCUGAAGGAUGGAGCAGAUGAAUAUGGAUGAGCCUGAGGGAUGAUGAUAAAGACAAACUGUUUCAAUUCCCAGUGCGUUCUCUGGCUGCUGGCCAGCAGCGCCCCAGCGCCGCGCCUUUCUCUCCGAUUCCACUCCCGCUUAAACUUUGUGUAAGCCGGGCAGCGCGGCGGUGUUUCCCGCAGCGGGACGGCUCUCCCGUGUCCGCAGGUGUGUCCAGGGGCGGCGGGGCCGGGAUUUCUGCGCUUCCCUCGGGCUUUUCCCACCUCCCGGACCGCGGCCUGCCGCGCCGCCCGCGCCCCGCGCCCGCCGCCGCGCCGCCCGCCAACCAUAAACACAACGCGCCCGCCAACCGCAAACUCAACGCGCCCGCCCGCGCCGCUCUCCGCGCCGCGCAGGCGCCGCGGGACCCGGAUGUGGCGCAUGCGCGGCGGCGGCGGCGGCCCGGACGUGUCGGCGGCGGCGGCCGCGACAGCGACAGCGACAACAAACAAACCGCGAGCGGCGCGGCCACCGCGGCCACCGCGGGCAGGAGGCGGCGGGGGCGGCCGGCAGCGGGCGGCCGCUGCCCCCGGCCCCUGCGAGCGCCGCCCCGCCCCGCCCCGCCGCGCCGAGGGGAGGGGGCGGGGGCCCGGGCCUUCCCCCGCCGCCGCCGCCGCCCCUCACGGCGGCCCAGGUUUCACCAGGUGACACCAAACCCUUGCCUCGGGUCAGCCCCUGCCCGUCACCCCCCAGCAGUGACAUUUGAUCGGAGGCUGUGGCAGAUGGACAAUAUGUCUAUCACCAACACGCCGACGAGCAACGACGCCUGCCUGAGCAUCGUGCACAGCCUGAUGUGCCACCGGCAGGGCGGGGAGAGCGAGACCUUCGCCAAGCGCGCCAUCGAGAGCCUGGUCAAGAAGCUGAAGGAGAAGAAGGAUGAGCUGGACUCCCUGAUCACGGCCAUCACCACCAACGGGGCUCACCCCAGCAAGUGCGUCACCAUCCAGAGGACGCUGGACGGGAGGCUGCAGGUGGCCGGGCGCAAGGGCUUCCCCCACGUCAUCUACGCCCGGCUGUGGCGCUGGCCCGACCUGCACAAGAACGAGCUGAAGCACGUCAAGUACUGCCAGUACGCCUUCGACCUGAAAUGCGACAGCGUCUGCGUCAACCCCUACCACUACGAGCGCGUGGUGUCACCCGGCAUCGAUCUCUCGGGGCUGACGCUGCAGAGCUCAGCUCCCUCCAGCAUGCUGGUGAAGGACGAGUACGUGCACGACUACGAGGGGCAGCCGUCGCUGUCGUCGGCCGAGGGCCACUCGGUGCAGACCAUCCAGCACCCGCCCAGCAACCGGGCGUCCUCGGAGCCCUACAGCGCCCCGGCCAUGCUGGCCCCCGCCGAGGCCAGCACCACCAGCACCACCAACUUCCCCAACAUUCCCGUGGCCUCCACAACAGGUCAACCUCCCAGUAUAUUGACAGGUAGCCAUAGUGAUGGACUGUUAGAGCUUGCUUCAGGGCCGGCAGCUCAGCAGGAUGGGUUCACAGCCCAGCCAGCCACUUACCAGCACAACAGUACCACCAGCUGGACCGGGAGCCGCACGGCCGCCUACACCCCGACCAUCCCGCACCACCAGAACGGACACCUGCAGCACCACCCGCCCAUGCACCCCGGGCACUACUGGCCAGUCCACAACGAGCUCGCAUUCCAGCCUCCUAUAUCCAACCAUCCCGCUCCAGAGUACUGGUGUUCCAUCGCCUACUUUGAGAUGGACGUGCAGGUCGGGGAGACGUUCAAGGUCCCCUCCAGCUGUCCCAUUGUCACCGUGGACGGCUACGUGGACCCCUCGGGAGGGGACCGCUUCUGCCUGGGACAGCUGUCCAACGUGCACAGGACAGAGGCCAUCGAGAGAGCGAGGCUGCACAUCGGCAAGGGCGUGCAGCUGGAGUGCAAGGGCGAGGGCGACGUCUGGGUGCGCUGCCUGAGCGACCACGCCGUCUUUGUCCAGAGCUACUACCUGGACAGGGAGGCGGGCCGCGCCCCCGGGGACGCCGUGCACAAGAUCUACCCCAGCGCCUACAUCAAGGUGUUCGACCUGCGGCAGUGCCACCGGCAGAUGCAGCAGCAGGCGGCCACCGCGCAGGCGGCCGCCGCAGCCCAGGCCGCCGCCGUGGCCGGCAACAUCCCCGGGCCCGGCUCCGUCGGGGGCAUCGCGCCCGCCAUCAGUCUGUCGGCCGCGGCCGGCAUUGGCGUGGACGACCUGCGCCGGCUGUGCAUCCUGCGGAUGAGCUUCGUCAAGGGCUGGGGGCCCGACUACCCCCGGCAGAGCAUCAAGGAGACGCCGUGCUGGAUCGAGAUCCACCUGCACCGCGCGCUGCAGCUGCUGGACGAGGUGCUGCACACCAUGCCCAUCGCCGACCCGCAGCCCCUCGACUGACCCCGCCGCCACCGCCGGCACCCCGGGGAGGCUGCCCUGUAAAAUACCCUCCUGUUCAUAACCUACAGAUAUAUUUUACUCCCCUUUCUGCUUAACCUUCUGAAAACAGGUUCUAAAAAUGUGUUUGCCGCCUUGCUCUCAGCAGGAGGAGUGGGAACGCGCGGGGUUGUUGGGGUUGUCGGGGCUGUUUCCAGCGGGCGGCGGCCGUGACGGGAGGUGAAGGCUUCACAGAGACUCGGGGUUGUUCCCUUCCCAACCCUCCUCCCCUGUCACGGCGCCCCGCUGAUCAGCCUCACGGGAGCCUUUUGUAUGCAGAAUAUAUAUUAUAUAUAUAUUUAUAUCUGAAAAUCCCUCCUAGUAGUUAAAAAACAUUUACCUUGUAGCGACUUUAAAAUUCCAGCUGAUUUGUGAUAUUCUGUUUAGGGAACCGUAGUUAACAGGAGAAUUCUUUAUUUUGUUGAUGAUCACCUUAUGAUUUUUCCAGGUUAAAGCCUAGCAGCUGCCAAAAAAGCGAGGGGAUGACACAUACGUUGUUGGCAUUGGUCACGAACUUCAUUAGUUUUUAAAGCAAAAAAAACGAAAAAAGACAUCCUAGAUUUUUUUAUUUCCACAACCACCUGAGUUUUAAAACACUAAAGGAAGCGGAUGCUUUCAGUGCCGGCACUCGCUCUGAGGUGAAACACCCAGCAGGGCAGCGUUGCCACUGAGACCUCAUUGUGGGUGCCUGAUGGCAGGAACGUGUUUUCAUAAUUACUACUGACUUUUAUGAUUUUACUCAAAAAAAGAAAAAAAAAGAAACCCCUUUUAGCAUGUGCUGCGGUUGGAUUUGCAUGACUCUUUUUACUGGCGUGUACCACGGGAAGGACGUUGGGUAACCCACGGGUGUUUAGGGCCGGGUUUUUGUACCUGUUCACCAUUUCCACUCAGGGCAAGAUGGCAAACCUGUUUUUAUUCCUCCUGGUCGUUUCAGCCCUCUGCCGUGGGUGAGCGCAGCAGGGGCAGUGGCUCCGGGACGCGUCUGCGCCGUCUCUAGCUCCAGUGACAAUAAAAGGCUGGAAACCCCCUUUGUAAACAUUCA